AUGGCAAUUCUUUAUUUCCACCUCAAAGGAUUUAAGAUUUAUUCACAGAACAAUCACCACCAUCAUCACGAGAAGUAUUACUAUGUUAUUUAUAAUCACAAAUCUGGUAUUUGCUCCGAAAAGUUUCCUUUCCUUUACGGGAAACACCGAAUUAAUGAAUAUUUCCAUAUCAAACUAGACAACAAUAAACACACAUCAUUUACUAUAUACCUAUAUAAGAAAGGUCUUCUUAAAGACGAACUUGUUUCAAACUUAAGUUAUGAUAGUUCUAAACUUCCUUUUGAUGAAGUUAUUAAUGAAAAUAAACUUAUGAACAACACAAGUAAGAGCAGUCCACACAUUCUUUGCAGGAUUUCUAUCCACUUGUCUUCAAGUGGUUUAGACCCUUAUAACGCACCAGAAUAUAAUAUUGACAACACACCAAAAUACCUAGAUGCACUAGACCUUGAUGCAGGAAGUGAUUCAUAUUACGAAACUUUACUUUGA